AUGAGUGCGGCGGCACACGAGGUUCCCCACAGGCCAGCCGUCAUAUCCAUGGCUGCCAGCGAAGAAGAUGUUAAUCGCGCAGCUGUAGAUGAAGCGACAUUGCAGCCCACACCGGUAUCAACGCGGAGAAUAAGCUCGUCUCUAAGAAGGCGCGCUUGCGAUGCAUGUCGAGCUCGCAAAGUCAGAUGCGACACACUGGAUCCAUGCAACAGAUGUAUCAAGAUGGGGGCAGCAUGCCACUAUUCAGGUCGAGCGAAACCGACAAACUCCAGAAUUGGCAUGUCAAGAUUUCUUGAGACAUUGAAUAACAGACUUAAACAGGCGGAGGUACAACUAGCUUCUACGCACUUGAUGCAGCAAAAUCAACCGCAGUUUCCAGUGGCAUGGAGAGAAGUUGAUAGCACUGGACUAUUAAUAACACCCUUGCCACCUCAUGAAAUCUCUCCCCAAGCAGAGGCCCAAUCGCAUUGGAACUCUGUCCCCGCUCCUAUAUAUCCCAUACAUGUCUUUCAAGAAUCAGACGCCACUGCACCAGCAAUAUCAGCUACUGAGGCUCCGGCAUACUUAUCAACCAACGAAUUGACAUCUUCCAACUUUGCGGAUAUUAUGAUGGCUCAGAACAUACUGGAUAACCAGCCUUUUGAGUUUAAGCCUGCGAUUUUUAAUAUCCCAUCGCCGGCUAGUGAGCCUGUGCCCACUGGCUUAAACAAAAUGCUACAGAAAUUCUACGAACGAUACUUUGAGGUUUUCCAUCCCAUAAUCCCCAUCAUCAACCGAAGUCGUUUUGAGCAUGAAAUAUCGCUGCCAUAUCCCACCAGUGAAUUGCAGGCUUUGUCUUAUGCCAUGGGAGCCUUGGCAGCAUCUUCUGUACCAGAACUGCAAGACUAUGCAAGCUUUUAUCAUGAACAGGCUCGCAAUCUUAUCGACCUUUGCGAAAGACAAGAGAGCGGCGAUUCAUUGGGAAAUAUUAGCUUUCUAGAAGCUUAUGUGAUAUUAACGCUCUAUGAACUGAAUCAGCCAAAUUUUGCGCGAGCCUAUCUGACACUAGGCCGUGCAAUUAAGCUGGUUCAAAUUUUGGGUUUAGACAGCGUGAAAAGUAAACUCGGAUCUGCUCGAUGGGGGUUUAGCAAAGAGCCCAAUCAUUCCAUCAGUCUGGCAGAGCAAGAAGAGAGGCGACGAGUUUUCUGGAGUCUAUUUAUUCUUGACUCGUUUGCCAGCCUCAGGUCAAGCAUUAGUCCAACGUUUACUGGAGUCAUCAAUAUCCCACUCCCCAGCUCCAGCGAGUAUCCAGACUUCUUGGACGAAAAGAUGCCGAGGCUGGAUCAAGUGUUUGACUUGACAGAGACUGUUUUACUAUCAUCAUUCGCUGCCAAUACCCUAAUGAUUUCUCUCUACCAGCGCUACUUUAGACACGUUGAGUCUUCCUAUAAUGAAAUGUCACAGGGAUUCUGGGAGACACACUAUGCUAUUGACAACGCCGUCGAGCAUUGUCGAGCAACUCUGCUAGCGCCGCAUAUGAAUGGCAACAGCGGCAAUGAUCCGCUUGCCGUAGGGCUGCGAAUGAAUUUGGACAGUAUCAAGAUCAAUCUACACGAGACAGCGCUUUUCAGGGUCGAGAAGGAUCAGCUGCCGGAGAAUCUUGCUACAGACGCAAACUCCAAAUGCGCUUUUGCUGUGACCGACAUUGUUAGAACUGUCCAGGUAGGCCUGCAGCUGACGGGCAGUAGAGCAGUUACGUUUCGACAGUUGAGUCGGUUCUUUGUCUGGCCUAUUACCACUGCCAUCCAAGUAUGCUUCCGCAUGCUUUACACUGGAACAGGCGACUUUGCGUCCUAUAUCAGCUUUCUGCGCAUUUUGUCUCAUGCAAUGAAAGAAAUCAUCGACCCGGAUCAGAUCCCCCCAGGCUUGUUCGAGAACGCAGAAGCCAAGAUUGCUGAUGCGGCACGAGGCGUACGGAGGAAGUGA